CUAUCCUAUCGUUUUGUCCCAUAUUAUGUAAAAUAAUGGACACGGCGUGGGCGUUGAUUGAAUAUGGAAUAUGAUAUUAAAAAGCCUAGAUUCCCGUGAUCCGUUAUAAUUUUAUCAUCCAUUCCAUUCGAGUCGAAUAAAAAUUCUUUGUAUCGCGUAUUCGAAUGUGUUAUGUAUCAUUCGAAAACUGGGUAUCUUAAAUCUAAAUACAUUCGAACGAAACUUUAUUAACAUUCGUCGAUUUUUACACACCAAGAGAGUUUGUAAUUCGUAAUUUUAAUACGUGCAAUGUUUUUGAUUGCAACGUAUCGCAUGUAACAGUUAAAUAUAAUAAAUAAAGUGAUAGGUAAAUAUAUCACGGAUAACCACGCAUUAUCUCUUUAAUAAAUUUAUUAAAACAAGCCGACUGUACCAUGUCGCAGUUGGAUUUAGAUCCUCAAUUUAUGCAAGGUUUGCACCUUUUACAUUCCACUAAUAAAGACUCUGCGGAACAGCUACGCGUGCUCCUAGACGAAGCCAUCAAGCAAAAAUAUGGACCGUCUAAAAUGUUAUCGAACGUAUUACAUAAAAAGUAUAUGAUGGAGGAACCGGUGCUGAGCGAUCACAGCAGCAGCAGCAGUGGUAAAAAGAGCAAAAGCUCCGGAUCUUCUUCCAAACAUUCGAGCAAGUCGAGUAAAAACAGUUCCCCUGUGAAUCUACCGACGCGCGACACGCCGCCUGAUGUUAUACAGACUGAUAACACGUUAGCAUUAGAAAUAUUGGAGGAUGACCUGACGUGCGUUAUUUGCAAAGGAAUGGACGUUGGCGCGAGGAACAGACUGGUAGAAUGUUCGGAGUGCCAUUCUUUGUACCAUCAGGAAUGUCACGUUCCGCAUAUUUUAGAUUCUCAAAUAGAUGUUCCAGGAUUGGUCUGGUAUUGCUCGAAUUGUUCAAAGUCUCAGGUCUCUAAAGAGAGGAGUUCACCAAAAACAGUGAUAGAAAGCAAAUCCAAGGAACCAAAGAAAUCUAACGCGAGUGGCGGAAACAAAGUUACACCAAAUAUUCAUAUUAUAAGCGCAGACAGAAGGUUAAAGGAUAUGAUGAAGAAAGCAAAACAGGACAAACGAAGUACAAGUACUGCUCCGAGUUCAAAAAAUUCUUCGUCCAGUACAACAACGUUGUCUUCGACAAAAUCUCAGGAGAAAUCGCUACUGUACAAGAUCAAGUCAGGCGUGGAAUAAAAUUCUCGGCUAUACGAAUAUUUUGACAAUAUUUUACGGUAUAGAGGGAACUUGAACAAAUUAUAUAAUACCAAUUUUACGAGAGGAUUACGCGUGGAGCGAUUAAUUAAUUAAAGAAACAGCCGUAAUUACGAUUAACGAGUCGAUGAAAUUUAGAUGGAUAAUAUCAGUUUUAUAUCGAGCUACGCGCAGAAUCUAUGUUCCAGAUUGUACCAGAUUGUACGCGAAACUUACAAAUUUUACCUUUUACAUUGUUUUAAUCGAAUUUAUUACGAAAUAUGCACGGAAUGAUCGCCUGAAUGUAAUUUGUUAUCGUAACUUUUAGCUGAAAAAAUAUAAUUUUUUGUACGAAAAGGAGUCGUUCCUUUAACUUCGGCCAGAAGUAGAAUCGUGCGAAAGAAAGUUUUCGGGUAUUACAAGAAGAGGUGCCACGACCGUGAGGAUUCAUUUAUAAUACCAAUAUAUUUUUGCAAUUUUCCAAAUGCUUAUUUGUUUGUCCCUACGUCCCAUUGAAAAUUUGGCAAGAGUCAUUUCGUUCUCGAGUGUUACUUAAAACCUACUUAUAUGCGAGAUGGGGGGUUGAACACUAUUUACAGAGGACCUUUUUCAGGGGUUGCAUUUCGCGCACGUACACACAUCUAGAGACUCGCAUUCAUACGGCACACGUAAAGCGGUAUCGCACACAAUUUGCAUUCGUUGGCCGAAGAUAUACGGUGACCUAAUUAACACGAGUAUAAUGUAACGAGUAUAAAUGUAAGAAAUAGGAGAGUUUUAUGCGCGAAGAGGGCUUUCGGUAUCUAAUCAAUCUAAUGAAUGUAAAUUGAACGCGAGGGAAAUUUACAAUAAAUUGUAAUGAAAUAUAGUUCCCAAAAAUGUACAAAUUUUUGUUAAAAAUAUUGUAAAGUAUCGUAAGCUAUUGUAAGUUCACCGUAGCUCUUCGGCAGACUGUACGUACACAUUGUAGGCUACAUAACGAGGAAAAGACGCGCUCGAGAUUCGUGGCAACGGAAACGUCCACGUUUAGCAUAAAUUCUCAUGCACGCGGUGUUCCCGCGACGACGGAUACGCUUCGAGUCUAUUCUUUCAGGGAACGGAAUCAUCCCCCCCAUCGUUUUCCGAAGCUUAACAAAGAAUAAUUUUAAUUCGACACGACGUUCGGAUUUCGUCUAUACUACGAAGCAUGACAUACUAAUUCGACUCGUAAACCGCUGAAACAUUCCUCGAUUUAAUUACGAUACGGUACAUACGUUUAAUGCGGAAUUGACAAGCUUUUCAGAUGGAUGGAGUAAACUGUCGUGCGUGAUACGAAAUAACGAGAAAUUACGCCGAGUUAAUCGAUUCGUCUCUACGGAAUUUAACCGGUUGCGGUCGUACGUCGGCCAGGCCCCGACGAAACAGGGCGAAUUUGUUGACUUUACGAAUUCUCGAGUCUCAGAUAUACGGAACGAUUCGUCGAAGAUUGAAGCAAUAUGUUGUUAUUUACGUGAUGUAUCAGAACGUGACCUUGAAGUGACCUUGAAGUGACCUCAGCCCGAAGGACGUCGAGUACAAUAUAAAAUUUGAGAUCACCUCGACGUUUCAAGGUCUCCUUGACAAUUUCGAAGAUACAAGAUUCACAAGAAAUUUAGUUUAACUUAAACAUCGCUCUACAGAUUCUAAUUUCUGAAAUCAUCAAAUUCUCCGAUCGACGAAUCGUUUCAUAUUAUAAUCUCUGGUUUACAAUAAGACAUUGCAAGCACUUUUUCCUUAAAUGUCGUCAUAAUUUCGUCUCUCCUACGAUACGCAGGCAUUUUACACGAAGUCUGUACAGAGUUGUACAUUUAAGGAAAAACGUCGGCAGAGUUUCGUCGAGAUUCGUAUUCGUCACGCGUCGCGACGAACCUUUCGUACUUUCUAUUCCCGGUACAAGAUUCCGCGCGAAUUUUCCGAAACGAACGAUCGUCAAAGAUGUACCACACAAUUGUCGGGCGUCCUUUCGAGUUCCGAUAACAGCGACGAGAUGUAUAAAUGCGAAUAUGUGCGCACGUAUGCGAGCGUACGUCAAUCUGCGCUAUGCGCGAUUACUGUUAAAUCAAAGACAUUCGUUGCGCCCUCGAGAGAACCGUUCCUUACAUUGUGGACGUUACAUGGUUUUCACGUUUGUGUCUCGUGCCUCGACAAUCGCUGUCGCUAAUUAUCGCUUUAGCUAGGAAUGAAAAUUGUUUUCCUUUAAGUUUAUAAAAAAAUACAAGUCAGAGAAUUUUACAAUUCCAGGAGCUUCGUUUUUACGUAUCUAUUAUACUUAGUAUUCGCUUCGAUCGAACGUGUAUUUAGAGAGAUACCUACUAAAGGUUAAAUAUUCUUCGAACGAGUUUCGCUGAUACAAAAAUAUCGAGCAACAAUAUUUAAAAAAAAAAAAAAAAAAAAAGAAAACGGAGCGUUUCGGAUCGCAUACGUAUCUCUACCUAUAAAAAAGUAUCAUCCACAAUCUAAGGGAUAGUACGUAUCUGAAUAUACACGCGCGUACACUUUCAGCGAUUAAUUUAAUACAGGUUUCAAGUAUAAUUAGAAAAUGCGUACUCGUAACUCAAUAUCAAGCUCCUUACGAAUAACACAGGGCGGCGAUUGUUUAAACAUUUCGUACCGUGAAUUGUUCGUUAAAUUUCACACGUUUCCUUAACCUACGGUUUCGUGGGCGACACGGCGUGACAGUAACUUAAUGAUGGAAUUUAAAAAAAAAAAAAAGAUGUCUUUAAUUUACAACUAAAUUGUGUAUACACGAUACAUAAUUUGCGCGAUACUUUCGUUUAACAUAAAUAUUUGCGCCGCAAGAUCCGCGAUAUCGUAAUUACGAUAUCGUUCCGAUAAAAAUCUUUUUACAAAUAUUACCGUUGCAAUUUCGCUCAAGCUACGUCCAAUGUAGGAAGACGAAUAAACCGCGAGAACAUUCUAUUUUACAAAUUUAUUAAAAGAGAAAGAAAACUGUAUCGUUUGCGCGAACAAUUUGUUCAAAUAUUUGGAAAGACAUGUAUUUUGCUCGAUUUUCUAAAAUUUCUAUAUAGUCGGUAUGUAUUGUAGUCUACACAUAAAGUCGAAGAAGAAUAUACUCGAUGCAUUUGUAAAUAUAAUCACUGUUUUCAUCGUUCCUUUUAUACAUUCAUUUCUUACACAAGAGCGCGCACCUUGUUUGCCCUUUGUUUCGAACGUGGUCGCGUUAGACGUAAUGUUCUUAUCCGAAGAGUCGUUAACAAUUUCGAGCAGGCAGCAUAUUUAUUUUUAUUUUAUUCGAGAUGGUGUCAAGUGUAGCGUUACUUCUUUUUCUGCAAUGAAAACAAGAGAAAGAAAAAGAAGUCUGCCUUGUAUUAUACAUCAAGUAAUCCGACUCGCUCGAAGAUACGUUUACACUUUUCGAAUGAUAUAAAACAAAGUACGUUCAACAAAUAAGAAUGCUCGGCAAAAUAAUCCCCCGUUACUUACAAUACGCGUACUUUUUUUAAAUUCAAUAUACAAGAGAGUCGCUUUUAAUUCCUUACGAGUACCUUGAAUACAUAUAAGAAAAACAAACUGCGUGUUCUAGGCGUAUCGUAAAAAUGAUAACAGAAUGAAUAUAUAAAUAAUCAAAGAUUCAUCGGGUGCCUAGGCUCGUUCGUUCUGUUAUCAUUCGUUAUCUAAUUAUUCGCAACUAACAUUUUUUUUCUUUUUUUUCCAUGAAAUGCACACUGGAAACAUAUAGCGUAUACAAAAAUUAAAUUAUUACAUGGCUUCGAGGUUCGUAAUGCUUAUAAGUUUCUCCGGAGUGUCUCGUAACAUACGUGUUCCGUACGACUGAGAAACUUAAAUGCAAAAUAAAAGCAGCGGAAUCUAACGUCUCGAGAAAAUUGCAGCUGCUGCACGUACAAAAAAAAAAAAAGAAAAAGAAAUAAAG